AAACAAGUCCUUUCUUGAGUCUUAACUGAUUGUACUCCGUAGACGUGGAAGGCAAUUGGUAAACAAUCUCAGCCUUGUUGUAUUGAGGAAGAAGUCCGCAGCUACGGAGGCAGACCUGUACGAGCACCAAGGUGACAGAUUCACUAGAUGUCACCCCUUCAUCCCAAGCCGUAGACCUGCCUGCGUAUACGAGUUUCCUCCAGACUUCACAGACGCCCAACGCCAACACACCUCCCUCCAUACACGCACAGGCACAGGCACAGGCGCGCCAUUCCAGUUCCCGACAUGCGAGAAUGAGAAGUCUUUCACAAAACUAAGACCGUUGCUCCAGACGAGAUGCAAUUCGCGAUACCACCUCGCAAGACGUCGCAGCCUCCCCUCUACGCACGCACCAAUGCCAGUGCAUCCGCCGCUUAUAAACGACGAAGGCAGUUACAGUUGCUAGGUUACAUAGUACUUGGCCUCCUCACAUUCUACCUGACUCUGAGCUUCUGCUUCUCGGGAUGGAGCGAAGACGCUGAAGAUGGCUCAGCUGUUAUCGAGGGCCACCAGGACGUGGUGCUGGUCACCAUCUUCGACAGCAAAACCAUGAGUGACGACUAUAUGAAGAUUGUCAAGGUGAAUAGAGAAGACUAUGCUGCCCGUCAUGGCUACAAAACCUUCUACACCGACGUCUCGGGCUACAGCAAAUUGGUCGACCCAGCACCCUCCUCGUGGACAGUCAUACCAGCACUCCGGCAUGCGCUAACAGACCAUCGGUCGAGCGAAUGGUUCUGGCAGCUGUCCGCCGACGCCUUGAUCACGAACCCUGCCUUGUCGCUCGAGUCUCACGUCCUGCAACCCCUCGAAUCGCUCAUGCUGAAAGACAUACCUGUCGUACCGCCAGACUCGGUGAUACACACAUUUUCCCACCUGAGGCCUUCUCGAACGCACCUGAUCCUGUCACAGGAUAUGGACAACCUCGCCCACACCUCUUUCCUCCUCCGCAAUACUCCCUUCACGCCCUCGACUCCAGACAAUUGGGCACAGUAUCUGCUCGACGCCUGGUUUGACCCGUUGUACCGAGCAUACUCGUUUCAGAAGGCGGAAAAUCAUGCCCUCGAACAUAUUGUCCAGUGGCAUCCCACGAUCCUAGCCAAGCUCGUCCUGAUAGAGCAACGGCGUUUCAACUCGUACAACUACGCAACACCACCGGUGCGUAAUGGAGAUGGCAACCUUCGAACGCACGAUAGUAUGUGGCAAGAAGGAGACUUUGUUGUGAACCUGAAAGGUUGCAGAGAAAAUGACAAGCGGAACUGUGAAGAAGAAAUGAGACACUACUUGGCCAUGUGGGAGAAAGAGAUUGAGAAACUAGAUGGCAAGGCACCAGCACAUGUUGGCCCUGCCCAACCAAAACCACAACCUAAAGAGGAGAAAUCGCCGGGGAACCCUGCAGCAGCAGCUUAAGCCCUUGAGUGAUAGUGAUGCUGUUCAGUAUCAGGCUUCUAUGGGGUCGGGGCGAAGUCGUCCACUUCGGCGGGGCGUGGUGCUUUAUUAGGAGCAAUAAAGAUGUCAACAUCAUUCCAGGUGCUAUACGAAGUGAAUACCAUAAGACCAUCAUCGGUGCCUCUUGGUACCAGCAGGAGCUGCGUCCAAGGCUGUUUUUCCAGCAUAGCGAACGGCGAAGUCGAUUCCAAAUGUACUAACAGAAAUAGAACAAAAUGAGAUUACCAAGAUUUCUUACAGGCUCUUCAAC